AUGCGUGUGAGCGAGACUGUCCUCAGAGCGCGCUCCAAACGAUGCCACAGCUGCAAAGGUGGAGGAGCUGGAGGUGGAGGAGCUGCAAGUGAGGAGCUGGAGGUGGACGAGCUGGAGGUGGAAGAGCUGGAGGAGCUGGAGGUGGAGGAGCUGCAAGAGCUGGAGGUGGUGGAGCUGGAGGAGCUGGAGGUGGAGCUGGAGGUGGAGGAGCUGGAGGUGGAAGAGCUGGAGGAGCUGGAGGUGGAGGAGCUGCUGGUGAGCUGGAGGUGGAGGAGCUGA